GUGUUUAUGUGUCUGUCUGUCUGUGGACAUAUUUUGCCAACGUGAUAGCAUCACAACCGUCUAAGAUGCAGUCAUGAAACUUAUAUAGGUUUGUAGUUGAGAUCAAAAUGGAGGCAGAGUUCGAAGAUGGCCAUUUUGUAGUGUUAGGGUUAGGCUUUAGGAGAAGCAUCAGUGAAUCCAAAGACUUUGAUGCAUCUGGAGGAACACAUGAGGAGUAUUUAAGCUAAACCACAAGAAAAGCAAUGUAUAACAUAUUUGCUUCCUUUGGUAAAAAAAAACCCCCAACAAUACUAGGUGAAACCAAUACUACAAAACGAACUUGGACUUUUCUAAUUAGUUGUUCGUUUAGAGAUUGCAAUUCAUGCUCAGCCUGGAGAUAAUUUACAUUUCCACUGAGAACUGAUUAACUGUUCAGGCAGUUGCUCAUUACCCAACAUAGAAUCAGUAGUGAAUAUAAAGGCAGAGAAAACCUGGACACAAAGCAUAUUGGUUAAGAAGAAGUAGACUGGGUUCAGUCUGAGGUUUUGGGUAUGUUGAAUAAAAAAUGUGCAACAAAACACAAGCAAGUGGAGUUGGAGGAGAGAGGACACUGGGGAAGUAAGGUGGAGUUUCUCUUGGCUGUGGCGGGAAAUGUUGUCGGCCUGGGCAACGUGUGGAGGUUUCCUUACCUCUGCUACAAAAACGGAGGGGGUGCAUUCCUGGUGCCAUAUCUGGUAUUUGUGGUGACCUGCGGCGUACCCCUGUUCCUGCUGGAGACAACCAUAGGCCAGUACACCAAGGAGGGCGGCAUCACCUGCUGGAGGAAGCUAUGCCCACUGGCAGAAGGUAUCGGCUAUGGUGGGCAGGUGAUCCUCUUCUACAGCUGUAUGACCUACAUCAUUAUUUUGUCCUGGGCUUUGCUCUACCUGGUGUUCUCCUUCAGCUCCCAGCUCCCCUGGGCCAGCUGCAACAACUACUGGAACACAGAUGACUGUGUAGACCUUUCAACACGAAAUAACACCUUUGAAUGGACCAAUCAGACUGAUGCAGCCUCAGCUGCCACCGAAUUCUGGGAACGACGAGUGCUGGCUAUCUCAGGGGGGAUUGAGGAGAUUGGCAGCAUCAGGUGGGAGGUUCUGUUGUGCCUAAUUGUUAUGUGGGUCAUCUGCUACUUUUGUAUCUGGAAAGGGGUCAAGUCUACAGGAAAGGUGGUGUAUUUCACUGCUACCUUCCCCUACGUGAUGUUGUUAAUUCUUUUGAUCCGUGGACUCUCUCUUCCUGGGGCUCUACAAGGAGUGUUGUUUUAUCUUUUGCCUGAACUCUCACGACUCACAGACCCUCAGGUUUGGAUGGAGGCUGGGGCUCAGAUCUUCUUCUCGUACAGUGUGGGUGUGGGCUCCUUAACUGUGUUGGGCAGCUACAACACUUACAACAACAACUGCUAUAAAGACUGUCUGUGGCUGUGUUUACUGAACAGUGGUACCAGUGUGGUAGCUGGGUUUGCAGUCUUCUCUGUGCUGGGAUUCAUGGCCCACAAGCAGGGUGUUCCCAUUGCAGAAGUGGCCGAGUCAGGUCCAGGCUUGGCGUUCAUUGCAUACCCUCAGGCUGUAGCCAUGAUGCCUCUGCCCCAACUGUGGUCCAUCUGUUUCUUUGUCAUGCUCAUCCUCUUGGGUUUGGACACACAAUUUGUUGCCAUGGAGGUGGUGAUGACAUCCAUCAUAGACAUGUUUCCCACAGAAAUGCGCAGGGCAGGCAGGCGGGAACGUUUCCUACUCCUCUUCUGCGCCAUAUGCUUUUUCUCUCAGCUUUUCAUGAUCACUGAGGGAGGGAUGUAUGUGUUCCAGAUGUUCGACUACUACGCUUGUAACGGAGCCUGCAUCCUCUUUCUCUGUGUGUUUCAAUCCCUGGCACUGGGAUGGAUAUUUGGGGCAGAGCGGUUGUAUGGCAUCAUAAAGGACAUGACAGGUGUGCAAGCCAACUCGUUCUUUAAAAUCUGCUGGCUUUACCUCACACCACUGGUCUCUCUGGGCUCUUUUAUAUGUUCUUUAGUUUGGUACCAGCCUCUGACCUUUAAUCGCUGGUACGUGUACCCAGCUUGGGCAUACACGUUGGGCUGGGUACUGGCCCUUUCCUCCAUCCUGCUCGUGCCGGGAUGGGCGCUGUAUAAGCUGGGAACUGGGACUGGGAACCUCAGUCAGCGUUUCCAUCAUCUGUGCCGACCUGACCCUGGCUGCUCACUGACCCAAAAAGGAGAAACUGAGCUGCAGCACAUCGGAGGGGAAGAUCGGCACCGGCUCACAGUCAUUUGAUAUGAAACGUUACUUGAUCCUGAACUCAACUGCAUUUGGGUGUCCAACAACUAAGAUUUGGCACUAAGCGGGCUGGUUGUGAUAUUACUUUUAUUCAUUGUAACUGUAUCAUGCUGAUCAUGAUUAUCACUGUGCAUCACAGCAAAGUUUUGUGGAAAUAGUUAUGAAAGCAGCUUCCUCCUUUCAACAUCUACCACCUUGAAUGAAACAGAACAAACUAUGUUUAACAAAAAAAAAAAACAACAUAUUUUCAAAGUGAUAUUUUUGCAGAAAUUCUUUUUAGUCACAUCGUAAUCACCAUCUGAUUUCUAUUUUGAGCCACAAUUAGUAAGUAGUAAAAAAAACUGCAAUGUGAAAUAUCCACUAAAGGCAUGUAUAAUUAAAAAAUAAAUGACUUAUCUGUGCAAAAUGCUGUUGAAGUUUCAAGAGAUCCUAGAAAUAUUGAAAAUACACUGGAGGAGAAAUAUUGCAUGAAAAACACUACCUACUUCUUCAACAGUUAUCAAUCGUGCAUUGUUGUCAAUAAUUUUCUUGUCAUAACAAAAUCACUCCUUUAUUAUAAAAGGAUAAAAACACAAAGGGCAGAGACACUCCAUGGAUACAUGUGCUUCUCAAAUGUGCAUCACAACCUUGGUGACUCUUUUCAGUUUCCAUGGUAGCAGCUGGAUUGUGAUAUGAACUCAUUGCAGAGAAAUAUUACCAUGAGGAGACUCAAUUAGAAAAGACUUUAUAUGAUGAACAGAAAAGUCUAUUCUUCAUGUAUCGCUUUAUUUAAAUACCUUAAAAUUC